CACGUGGAGAAAUCGUGGGAUGUGGACGUGAGUGAAAGCAAGCUUUUGUCUCUCCAGAUUCAACGACAACCAAUGGAUGUGUCAUGAAAACCCCCACCCAUUGAAACGCUUGGCUCUCAAAACAUUUCAACUUCUAUUUAUUAUUAAAGAUAUUUCUUCCCUUCGUUUUUACUCACCAUCCCCUUUUUCUUUCCCUCUCUCGAAGUUUCAUUGGAUCAGAAAAACAGAAAGGUGUUUGUCAAUUUGCAAUUAAAAAAAUGGCGUACGAGGAGAACUUUCAGAAAACUUCCGGACCCAAGUAUGAUUGUCUUUUAUUCGACAUAGAUGAUACUCUUUACCCUUUCAGUUCUGGUCUGGCUACUCUAGUUAAAAACAACAUUCAAGAGUAUAUGACUCAGAAACUCGGUAUUGAAAAAGAUAAAGUCCAGGAACUCUGCCUUUCUCUUUACAAGAUCUAUGGAACCACUAUGGCUGGUCUUAAGGCUGUGGGUUAUGACUUUGACUAUGACGAUUUCCAUCGUUUUGUUCAUGGGAGAUUGCCAUACACAACACUCAAGCCUGACCCAAUCUUGAGGAACAUUAUUCUCAGCUUGCCUAUUCGCAAAGUUGUUUUCACGAAUGCAGACAAGGCUCAUGCAGCCAAGAUCAUUGCUAGGCUAGGCCUAGAGGACUGCUUUGAAAGAAUCAUAUCUUUCGAGACUCUGAACCCAAACACCAAAGCUGAAUCUCCUGUUGCUACUACUGAGACCAGAGAGAUAUUUGACAUAAGCAGUUACAUGGCAAAUCCUGAUCCAAACGUUGAACUCCCAAAGACUCCGGUCAUUUGCAAACCAUCUGAAGGAGCAUUUGAACAGGUUUUCAAGAUGACCAACAUCAAUCCUCACAAGACUUUGUUCUUUGAUGAUAGUAUCCGUAACAUUCAAACCGGGAAACGUGUGGGUCUCCACACCGUAUUGGUUGGGACCUCACACAAAGCUGAAGGAGUGGAUAUUGCGUUGGAGCAUAUCCACAACAUACGUGAAGCUCUUCCUGAACUAUGGGAUGCUGUUGACGACAAAGCCGAGGAGAUUAGAGCCAGGCAAAAGGUUGCCAUUGAAACCAUAGCUUAAAAAAAAAAAAAAAAAACAUUUCACUCACAUUUCUCAGCUGCUGAUUGUAACACAAAAAUAUUACCAAGACUACUUCAUCACUACUUACUCUUUAAGGAGAAUCUAAUAAGUGUAAUCUAAAGCUUUUAUUGAGAGAAACAGUGAAUGUAAUGAAACAAGUUGAGUUUUUAUUUAUUGAUAAUAUAAAAAAAAAUAGAAACAAACAUC